AUGUUAGGUAUAGCUAAAGAUCCUUUACAACAUACUAGUAUGUAUGAAAGAAUGGAGGAAGACAGCGAAGAUAGCGAGGGUGAGGGAGGUUUGGGUAAUGUGUCUCGUGUCAUUAUACGUCCUCCUGGUGUAAGUGGCAAAGCCAAACGUGGCCACCUGUGUUUUGAUGCCGCUUUUGAGACGGGCAAUUUGGGUAAAGCAGACUUGUUGGGAGAAUUUGAAUACGAUUUAUUUCUACGUCCCGAUACUUGUAAUCCUCGCUAUCGUUUUUGGUUUAAUUUUACCGUGGACAAUGUUAAACAGGAUCAAAAAGUUAUUUUCAAUAUAGUGAAUAUGUGCAAGUCUAGAAAUCUAUUCAAUGCUGGCCUAACACCUUUGGUCAAAUCUUCCUCGCGUCCGAAAUGGCAAAGACUGCCUAAGAAAAAUGUCUUCUACUAUAGAUCACCUUUGCAUCAGAAUCAUUAUAUUUUAAGUUUUGCUUAUUCAUUCGACAAGGAGGAUGAUGUCUAUCAGUUUUCUAUGGCUCCGCCCUACAGUUACUCACGUAUACAAGCCUAUCUGAGUCUCAUCGAAAAUCGUCAGCAACAAGGUGAAAAUAAAUUCAUUAGAACAUUGUUGACCAAAAGUUUGCAAAAUCGCAAUGUUGAUUUAAUAACGAUUGACCAUGUUAGUGGCAAAACCAAAACGAAUCGUAUUGAUCGCAGUUUUAUACGUGUUAUUGUUAUUUUAUGCCGUUCUCACGCCAAUGCUAGUCCUGCUUCAUUUAUGUGCCAAGGUUUUCUGGAAUUUUUGUUAAGUAAUCAUAAUAUCGCUAAAGUAUUAAGAGAAAAUUUUGUUUUCAAAAUUGUGCCAAUGGUUAAUCCGGAUGGUGUGUUUUUGGGCAACAAUCGUUGUAAUCUCAUUGGCCAAGACAUGAAUCGUAUGUGGAAUGUUGCCACUGAAUUUUCUCAUCCUGAAAUUUAUGCCAUUAAAAAUAUGUUAAAGGAGAUUGAUAAUUCAGAUUCAUAUCAAAUAGAUUUUGUCAUAGAUUUACAUGCUCACACAAGUUUACAUGGUUGUUUUAUAUAUGGCAAUACCUACGAAGAUGUCUAUCGCUAUGAACGACAUUUAGUGUUUCCCCGACUCUUUGCUGCAAAUGCACCCGAUUAUGCGGCCAGCAAUAUGAUGUUCAAUACGGAUGAAAAGAAAUCAGGUUGUGCUAGACGUUUCUGUUGUGAAGGCUUAAGUGAUACAGUGAAUGCAUACACAUUGGAAAUAUCAAUGGGUGGUCAUUAUUUAAAAGAUGGCAAGACAGUGGCCUUGUAUAAUGAAGAGGGUUAUUACAGGUGCGGCCGCAAUUUAGCUAGAACUUUUCUACAAUACUAUCGCUUUAUAAAUGUUUUACCCGUGGCCCCUCCCACAGAUGUGCGCCAAAAGAAACGACGUCCCCGCACUCAUCAGUCCCGAUCCAGAUCUAAGUCUCGUUAUGAAGUUAAGCCCAGACCUAAAACCACUAGAUGUUAUGCCCCCAUUUCAUAUACAAAUCUUUCAAUAUGUUAUGAUUCUGGCGGUUCAUCCGAUGAGGCAGGAUAUUCACCUACUCGUCCUCUAGCUCCUGGUAGUAGUCAUUUUAGUGGUUAUCGCAACUAUCGUCGUGUGGCCAGCAGCACUUUACCUUCUAUACAAACACCUCAUGACCAGUUUUCCUUGUUACGUUUAAAAUCGGGUAAAUUUGAUUUGCCGCCCCAAGAUUCUUCAUUGCCGGAUUAUGGUCGAAAAGGCAAUUCGCCAGAGAAACAAAUUAAAUUCGAAUUACCCGUGAAUGUACCACCCAAACCGUACCUAUCAAUUAUUGAUUUAAAUCAAUUGACCAGGGGUAGUUUGAAAGUUAAAUCGACCAGUUUUGAUGGUUGA